AUGUGCUUAGGCACAGGGGUGCCAAAGGUGACACAAAGCUUGCAUGUUUGCAAAGCGAUGUGCUUAGGCAUGAGGGUGCCGAAGGCAAAGGGGAUGCCGAAGGGUCACAAAGUUUACAUGUCGCAAGAUGAUAUGCCUAGGCAUGAGGGUGCUGAAGGCAAUACAAAAUUUGCAUGUUUGCAAGGCAACGUAGUUAGGAACGGGAGUGCCGAAGGCAAAGGGGAUGUCGAAGACACAAAACUUGCAUGUCACAAGGCGAUGUGCCUAGGCACGAAGGUGCCGAAGGUGACACAAAGCUUGCAUAUCGCAAGGCGAUGCGAUGUGCCUAGGCACGAGGGUGCCGAAGGUGACAUAAAGCUUGCAUGUCGCAACACAAUGUGGCUAGGCAAAGGGGUGCCUAAGGCACAAAGCUUGCAUGUCGCAAGGCGAUGUGAUAUGGCUGGGCACGAGGGUGCUAAAGGAGACACAAAGCUUGCAUGUCGCAAAGCGAUGUGCCUAGGUAUGUGGGUGCCGAAGGUGAAGGAAUGCCGAAGGCGACACAGAGCUUGCAUGUUGCAAGGCAAUGUGGUUAGACACGGGGGUACCGAAGGCAAAGGAGAUGCCGAAGGCACGAGGGUGCUGAAGCGAAGAAAUGCAUAUCAAGAUCUUUCUUGGAAGGAGGUUGGGUUCGGGCCUUUGGUAAAAACGAGGCACGGCGCAACUCCUUGGGCCUCCAAGCUUGUGUACGAAGCUUGGCCUUAG